AUGGACACUGGAGUAUCAAACCGCCUUCUCCCACCCCCUCCUUCCACAGACCUGGCCUACCCAUCAGAGCUGGCGUUUGUCUCGGAGCCGAGUGACGUGAUUGCCAUCCGGGAUCGGCCAUUGAUUCUCCACUGCCAGGUGGAAGGCGAGGCGCCCAUCGGCAUCACCUGGUACCGCAAUGGGCUGCCCCUCUCGAACGACAGCCACUCCACCCUCUUGGCCAAUGGGUCCUUGCGCCUGGACAGCGUCCACCGGAGGCCCCGAGGAGGCUCCACCAAAGAGGACGCCACGAAUUCCAGCGCCGGGGAAUAUAGCUGCACCGCCCAGAACUGUUACGGUCUGCUGGUCAGCCGCAAGGCCCGGAUCCAGAUUGCCACGUUAUCCAAAUUCCACAUGCACCCGGAAUCCAUGUCGGUCGAAGAGGGCGGCGUCGCCCGGUUCCAGUGCCUCAUCAAGGGGGUCCCGGAAGCCACCAUAACGUGGGAACACAAUCGGACAGCACUCCUGACGGACGACUAUCGAUUUACCCUUCUCCCCACCGGCAUUCUCCAGAUCACCGGAGUGAGACGGUCCGACGUGGGAACCUAUCGCUGCGUGGCGAGAAACAUCGCCAACACUCGCUGCAGCCAGGAGGCUGCCUUGAGCAUCAGCGUGUCCGUACCGAAGGUCUUCAAAGAGCCGGUCAUCUUGUCAGGACCCCAGAAUCUGACCAUUACGGUGCACCAGACGGCGAUCCUUGAGUGUAUCGCUACGGGGAAUCCUCGUCCUAUCGUGUCCUGGAGUCGUCUGGACGGACGUUCCAUCGGCGUGGAAGGGAUCCAAGUCCUUGGAACCGGCAACCUCAUGAUCUCGGAUGUGUCGGUGAAGCACGCUGGGGUGUAUGUUUGUGCUGCCAACCGUCCUGGCACUCGUGUGCGCCGCACGGCACAAGGUAUCCUGAUGGUGCAAGCACCGCCGGAGUUUGUGCAGUGGCCUCAGUCCCUCUCCAAAACGCCGGGCACCAGUGCCAUCUUCACCUGCGUGGCACAAGGGGUGCCCGAGCCUCACCUGAUCUGGCUGAAGAACGGGAAAAUCCUGGCGCCCGGUGACAACAUCAAGCUGACUCACAACAACAGCACCCUGAUGAUCCAGGGCGUCACCUCCGCCGACGAGGCCAUCUACCAGUGCAUCGCGGAGAACAGCGCCGGUACCAACCAGGCCAGUGCCCGGCUGGCGGUGACCCUCUCCAAGGAGCUGCCCAGUUCCCCAGAAGGGGUGCGAGCCACGGCCGUCUCCACCACCUCCAUCCGGGUCUCCUGGCAGGAACCUUCCCGGGAGGUCACCGAAUCCAUUAUCGGCUACGUUCUGCACAUCCGCAAGGCGGGAGAGUCCGACAGCCGCGAGCUGCAGGAGGCGGUCAGCAAAAAUACUUUCCGCCACGUCUUCGCCAACCUUGAACCCUCGACCACGUACUCCAUUUACCUGAAGGCUUAUUCCCCCCUGGGGUCCAGCCAAGACUCCCAGCCCAUCCUGGCCACCACGCUGGGCAGCGUCCCAGCUGCCUUGACCUUCUUCACCAAGAUCCUGAACAUCAGCUCCGUCCAGGUGUUUUGGGAGCUGCCCUCCACGCCCGGCGGGAUCGAAGGAUUCAAGCUGUACUUGCGGAAGCUGCCCAGCGCCCACUACGAGGGUCCCCACAUCUUGCCUGGCACGGCCAACUCCUUCGUCUAUGGCAACCUGGAACCGACGGCCAGCUAUGAGAUCAAACUUGUGGCCUUCAACAGUGACGGGGACGGGAACAGCAGCCGGCGCUUCGUCUCCCUCCAGGACGGUCCGGAGACUCUGGGUAAGAAUGCCAACUCGGUUUGCCAAUGUAGACAAGAUGGGGAGGCCUCCCUGGCUGGCAUCGUGGUGGGCGUUCACAUUGGCAUGGCGUGCAUCAUUUUUUGCAUCGUCUUCCUGAUGUUUGGCUACCGCAAGAGGUGA